GUAUAGAGAGAGAGAGCAGGCGAUCACAUCGAGUGUGAGCUAGAGAUGGGGUUUGUAUCACAUCGAGUGGAGAGACGGUUCUUGAGAGCAGGCGAUCACAUUUACAGUUGGAGAACAGGCUUUGUUUACUCGCACCAUGGUAUCUACAUGGGUGAAGACCAAGUGGUACACUUCACCUGCGCAUCAGCAUCAAGAAGCUGCGCAGCUUGUGAGAUGUUCGAGUAUAGCGAUCGGGACAGCGGAGUGAUCGCAUCUUGUCUCGAUUGCUUCCUUAAAUCGGGAUCGCUGCGCCGUUACAAGUACGGCGUUAGCAAGAGGAGGUACUGGAUGAAACGCCCCGGGACUUGCAACACCGCGGAAUCCGGCCCGGUGGAGGUGGUGAUGGAGAGGGCUGAGUCUCUGCUGGCAAAGAAUGGAUUUGGGGAAUAUAAUUUGUUGAAAAAUAACUGUGAAGAUUUUGCGACCUUCUGCAAAACUGGGCAAGGCUGCAACCGUAAUGGGACGGCCCGUCGCUACGGUCAAGCCUCCCUUAUCCCACCAGCUUUGGCUUCAUCCCGGCGCAACCCUAAACCCUAA